AUAAACAUGGCGGCUGCCGUUACAACCCGACCACCACAACCGCGGGAAAUCGAGAGCUUCUCUGAUGUAUCUCUAGACAAGAAAGCUCUUCGCGACUUAGUUCUUAAAGCAAAUAAGCCAUUGGUUUUUCAUGGAUUCAUAAAAGAGUGGUCUUGCAGUAUGUGGACCCCGCUAUUUUUAGCCUCGGAACUUGGUCAACUAGAGACGCGCUUCCGAAUGUGCCAACGGAGAAGCAUACCAAAACAGAAACCGCUCAUGGAGACAGAUUGCUAUUAUGUCCAAGGGACAUUCAAGGAUUUCUGCUCCUGGCUUGAAUCAGAUAACAGCGAAUCUGGAAAACUAAUUCAAUAUCCAAGGUCUGAAUAUUGUUGUUAUGCAGACUACAAAUACAUGGCAGAACUUUUUCAUGAUUUCCCUGAUCUCUGUCGAGCUUCUGACUGGAGCAAGUUUGGAUUUCCUGGCAGAACUGGAAAGCAAUCAACAAUAUGGGUUGGGAGUGAAGGUGCAUUCACACCUUGUCACAUGGAUACAUAUGGCAGCAACUUGGUUGCACAAAUAUUUGGAAGAAAAAAAUGGACUCUUUUUGACCCGAUGGACACAGAUAAUCUAUACCCUACAAGAAUUCCAUAUGAGGAAUCUAGUGUGUUUAGUAAAGUCAACAUCACAUCACCUGACUACCAAGCAUUUCCUCUUUUCCGAAAAGCAACGCCUUACGAGGUUAUUUUAGAGGCAGGUGAUGUACUUCUUGUCCCAAAACAUUGGUGGCACUUUGUGGAGUGUCUUGAUACAACAAUAAGUAUUAAUACCUGGGUAGAGAUGGACGAUGAUAAGCUUGACCGCGUCAAGGAAGCCAUUGCUCGAGUUAUUAUUUUCUCUCUGAAAGAUUCUGAUAAAGAGGAUGUUGCAAGCUGGCUAAACCCGACAGAGAUAGCGGGAUGGCAAGGCGAGGCAUUCCCUGACACCAUGCAGCUACUAAAAGACGCUCUCAAGGAUGCUCUUUUGCCAGACGUGCCACGUGAGACUUUGAAUGUAGAUGUUAAUGAUAUCAUCAAUUGUAUCACCUCUCCCAAUUUACUAAGCAGCAUAGGUGAAAAACUACUAGACAAUGUUAGGUCCCGUACGCAUCCCUGUAUAGAAGAUGACUCUUAUGAUGGGACGUCAACAAGAAAACGCCGCAGAAGUGACGGUGAUGUCUGAUGUUGGAGAUGGACUAUUGAGUAGUAAAUGCAUAAACAUUAGCCUGGGUGUUUCCCCUGACCCUUAUAUGAAAUGCUUUGCAUAUACGUGGUAAAUUUCUCACGAAUUUUAAUGGAAAUGACCUUUUUAUACAAAUACAAAAAUGCAUUGCUUUGCAAAAAAAAAAUAAUAGUAAAUAAAAAGUUGAGACGUCGUCCUUUCCAUGGUGGAUAAAAUGUUGUGUAUUCUG